AUGGCAUUAUCAAGGGCUCCUCUGUCACGACGGAGUUUUCUUCUCUCUUCUCCAAAACCACCACCAUUUUUCUCAUUUUUUCGAUACUCUCCGCCUCUUCAACUCCUGCCCAACUGCAAAAUUUACAACUCAGCUUCUCUUCAUACAGAAGAAUCAAUGGCCCCUCCCCUACAAUUCGAAGCUCCUAGUAGAAAAAAAUUUAACUGGAAACCAUUGUGUUUGUAUCAUACUCAAGGUAAGUGCACUAAGAUGGAUGAUCCUACGCAUAUUGAGAGGUUUAACCACAGUUGUUCUUUAAAGCUUGAGAGGAAUGGUUUGGGGCUAAAGAACUUUCGGGCUCAGAAAUUUGAUUAUUUUCUUGUGCUGGAUUUGGAGGGCAAAGUUGAGAUUCUGGAGUUUCCGGUGUUGUUGUUUGAUGCGAAAACUAUGAAUGUUGUUGAUUUGUUUCACAGGUUUGUGAGGCCCACGAAAAUGAGUGAGCAAAGAAUAAACGAGUAUAUCGAAGGAAAGUAUGGGAAAAUUGGAAUUGAUGGUGUUUGGCACGAUACAGCUAUUGCAUUUGAUGAUGUUAUUCAACAAUUUGAAGCUUGGCUGGCUAAGCAUCAUUUAUGGAGAAAGGAGAAGGGUGGGCUUUUGAAGGAGGCUGCAUUUGUAACUUGUGGAAAUUGGGAUUUGAAGACAAAAGUCCCCCAGCAAUGCAUAGUAGCAAGAAUGAAACUUCCACCAUAUUUUAUGGAAUGGAUUAAUCUGAAGGACAUUUACCUGAACUUCUACAAGAGGAGGGCCCCAGGAAUGAUUUCAAUGAUGAGGGAACUUCAGAUCCCAUUGUUAGGAAGUCACCAUGUUGGAAUUGAUGAUACACGAAAUAUAGCGAGGGUGAUGCAACACAUGCUUACAGAUGGUGCCCUUUUUCAACUUACUGCUAGAAGAACCUCGGGGUUUAUUUUUCUCUUUCGUCGGCAUAGUGAUCAAUUGAUCAAAGGUAUCGAUAUUUUUAAGACGGAUAGAGGCUGA